UGUUCGGCUGCUUUCGUCCAUCCACAGAAUCAUUUGGGGGAGGGAAUUAGGGCUUCCAGAAGCGAGAGAGAGAGAGAGAGAGAGAGACAGGAGUAGAGGUUUAGAUACCUCAAUUACCAUGGGAGGCGGCAACGGUCAGAAAUCGAGGAUGGCUCGGGAGAAGAACGUGGAGAAGAUGAAAGCUCCCAAGGGAAGUCAGCUGGAAUCCAAUAAGAAAGCCAUGAGUAUCCAGUGCAAGGUUUGCAUGCAGACAUUCAUGUGUACUACAUCCGAGGUGAAAUGCAAGGAGCAUGCAGAAGCAAAGCACCCAAAGUCUGAUCUCUAUGCUUGUUUCCCCCAUCUUAAGAAGUGAAUGGAAUUGUGGGAAAAAGAAUACAGAUGAAGUUGAGCGUAUCAUCUUUGCUGAAGCGAAUGAAAGUUCUUGAUCUUAUAGGAUUCUCCAGGAACUCUUCUGAACUAAGUUAGAAACAUGCUGUGUAAUUUUUGUGCCCCUUUUUUGUGUAAGCAUAUGGUAGGACAUGUUUGUUGCUUGGGACAGUUAAUGUGGGUCAUUUAUGGGAAGCAUGGCUUUUAAAGAGUUCCAUUUAAUC